ACGGAUUUGCUCUUGGCUUCUGAUUCGCUAAAUUGUUCCUGCAUGAGCAGGUUGCAAGACGACAGGAGGAAACAGAUCCUACAGGAAUCUGUCGGGAACAACCGUGGAAAAAAAAGUUGAAACUGCGAUCGGAUGAAGUCUGCGGCUGCAGCGCGGAGGUUUUUGCGCACGGACAGCGUUGCGCACCGGAGGAACUCGCUUGGAAAGCCGCCGUUUGCUGCGUAGCUGCCGGGUUUCUGCCUCAUAGAUGAAAACCCCACCGGAGAGACCUGGGGGCCCCUCAGUCUUCCACCGCCGGGGACCAUGGCGGACAACUUCUCGGAUCUGAUCAACGAGUCGCUGCCGGCGGCUCCGGUCGCACACUACAACUUCCCGGCGCUCAUAUUCGGGAUUUUACUGAUCAUCACCGUCACUGCGGGAAACGUGCUGGUGUGCCUCAGUGUUUACUUGGAGAAGGCUUUGAAAACUACCACCAACUACUUCAUAGUGAGUCUGGCGUUUGCGGAUUUGCUGCUGGCGGUUCUGGUUCUGCCGCUCUUCGUUUACGCAGAGUUUCAGGGUGGAGUUUGGACCCUGAACAUGACGAUAUGUGACGGUCUGAUGACCAUGGACGUGAUGCUGUGCACCGCGUCGAUCUUCAACCUGUGUGCCAUCAGCGUGGACCGGUUCAUUGCAGUGUCCAUACCGCUGAAUUACAACCGUAAACACGUGGACUACCGGCAGCUCAUCCUGCUGUCCGCCACCUGGCUGCUGGCCUUGGCCGUCGCCUCGCCCGUCAUCUUCGGCAUCAACAACGUGCCGAACCGCGACCCCAGAGAGUGCAAACUGGAGGACAACAACUACGUGGUGUACUCGUCCGUCUGCUCCUUCUUCAUCCCCUGCCCCAUCAUGGUGCUGCUCUACUUUGGGAUUUUUCGAGGUCUGAGGCGGUGGGAGGAGGCGCGGAAGGCCAAGCUGCGCAGCAGCAUCGAGGCGUGCCGGAAGCUGCAGCAGAACAGCGCGGUCGGCGGCGCCCUGCCCCCGAUGAUGGGCACCAUCCCCGGGGCGCUGCCCAUGCCACUGCCCAGGAUCAUAGAGAGAGAUCUGGCCCAGACUCGCAUGGACGACUCAGGCGACUACAUCCAGCAGGAGAUUCCUUAUCCACGGCAGUACCGGGAAAACUCAGUGCCAACAGUGAGAUUCAACCAGCAGCAAGUCAAGAAGAGGGCGAAGAUCAACAGCAGGGAACGGAAAGCUAUGAGGGUCCUACCGGUUGUAGUAGACUCUGAUCAGAGCUCUUAGGCGAGGAGGUCGACCUUCCUGCAGGUCAUCCUGAGUCCCGGAAUAAAAGCGGCGCUCCUGACCAACCGUAGCUCCUCAUGCAGCGCUGUCACAUCUUAAAGCCUGCAAUCCAAUUAUCACACAACACAUGAUGAUGAACUCAGUCUGAGGAAACAGCCUGAGAUGCAGUCAGCGGCUGGUUUCAGCAGCAGACGAGUUUUAUUCCUCAUUAUGCUGAGAAGCAAAAUAAAAUGUUCUGUUUUACAUUCAAAACAAAUAUAAUUGGGUGCAAACCGCUCAGCUAAGCAGAUUUUAAUUCAUUGGGUUCAACAAUAAACUCUCCAGAAUAAUGAGUGACAAAAUCAAUUUUACUGAAAACAAAGCAGAUGUUUUCUGUCUGACUUUUGAUUGCUCAUAACAUUGAGGACGAGCUGUAGUCUAGUCUUUGUUUCUACACAGCUCCGUUGAGAUCUGGACUUUGACUAGGCCACUGCAACACCUUGAUUCUUUUGUUAUUUCAGUGUUUCUCUUGUUGACUUAAUCAUUAUCGUUCUGUCGAUAAUCCAGUCUGGUGCAUCUGGCCAAAUUGAUGGGCCUCAAAUUUGUCUCUUUUGGCCCACUCAAAGAAAAAA